CCUUGAGGGAUCUAUGAUAAAUCAGUGAUAGUGUGUUCGGUACUUUUGUCCAUUUCUGGGGAAAUUCGGAGACUUCUAUGAAGGACAAAAUCCCUUAAAAUGGUGAAGUUGAACAUGCAGGUCUUAUGUUCCUUUGAAGACCUUUGACUUAGCACUGUAAGUCUGUGCAUUCAUGGUAACAUCUGUUUUUUUCAAGGGGGUUAUUUUUAAGAUAAGCUAAUAAGUAGCUCUUCCUAAAACAGGCAGUCUCUGCCACGGAAUUACUAGCAAUUAGGUGUCUGGUGAUCCUUUGGACCAUUGUAAUAGCAUUGGAGCAUUGCAACUUUGUUGGACAGUGUAAUCUGAUUUUUAUCUUCUAAAAUAUUGCUGGAGCAAUGUUCAGUAUCAGGAUGUUACUAAAAGCUGUGUUUGGUUUUAGGUUGAAUAUCCUGAUGCCCAACUUGCUGUGUUACUGGAGCAUGGUGGAGCUUGCAUGAUCACAUCAUCCCUGCGGUCUUUUUCAGAAACCGUCAUGAGGUCAUGUUGCUGAGCAAAACUUACUUAAUGCCUGAUAACAGAAGAGUAUCGAAUCACUUUGUGUCACCACUUCACAGGGGACUUUGGGUACUGUAGAUGUGCCUCUCACCAGCACAUCAUGCUGGAUGUAACAGAGGAGAUGGAUAGCCCCACAUUUAAAAGUGACACUGUACUUUCUGAUGUUCACUUACACUGUCCAAAUAAAAGACAUCUCAUGGUACGAUUGAAUGCAGUGGGACAACCAGUAUUCCUGUCGUAUUUCAAACUCCUGUGGAACAUAGAAGAUUUGUCAUCUGAGAAACAUGUGAGAGAAGCUACAACAGAAAGAGAACUCCAGUACCAGAGUGGAGAUGAACUGUGUGACAAGGACAAGAAUAAUCUAAAAAAGGAAAGAGAAUUUAUAAAUGGUGAAGGAGUAGAAGCUCUGCUAGAUAAGGACGGAGACUUGGAAGUAGUCAGAAGACCUCGAAGUGCCUCUGAUUUAGAAGCAGAGGAUCUUUUGAGGGAUAGAGUAUAUCCUGUCAUUCUGAUGAAAGGGAAAGAAGAUGCUUUUGAAGAUGAAGAAGAAUGCACUCGCAGUGAUGUUGUUAAAAUAGAACAUACUAUGGCAACUCCCUUAGAAGAUGUCGGUAAACAAGUCUGGCGUGCAGCCUUUCUUCUUGCUGAUUACAUUCUGUUUAAACGGGACACGUUCAGGUGCUGCUCAGUGUUAGAGCUUGGAGGUGGCACUGGAAUUACAAGCAUUAUUAUGGGAACAGUUGCCAAGAGAGUUUAUUGCACAGACGUUGGUGAAGAUCUUCUGGCCAUGUGUGAGCAAAAUGUUACAUUAAACAAACACCUGAUGGAGCCAGGAAGAGGGGAAGUUAAAGUGAAAGAACUGGACUGGCUGAAAGAUGAAUUCUGCACUGAUCGUGAAGCUCCUUACAGCUGGUCUGAAGAAGAGAUUGCUGAUCUGCAUGACCACUGUACUGUGAUAAUAGCAGCUGAUGUGUUCUAUGAUGAUGACCUGACAGAUGCCUUCUUCAGAACGCUGUAUAGAAUCACACACAACUUGAGAAAUUCUUGCACGGUUUACCUAGCUUUAGAAAAGAGGAAUUGUGGAAGAUCAUUGCUGAACAGCUAACAUGACAGAGACGUGAGAAACGGAAGAUCUUUAUCUGAGGAUAAAGGUUUUUUUGUGAUGUUCUGUUAAAAAAGGAUUUUCAUCCCAAGAAAAGCAUUUUCCUGGUGGGACUGUGCUCUCAGAAAGUGUUGUUACACAGAUUUGCUUUACUUCAGUAAGUUUGGGGUUUGGCACUUAGGAUAUGGUUUCUUUGACAUUUCUUUUACAAAACUGUUUGAUGCUGAUCCUCAAUGUACGUGCUGGAUGCCGAACAGUGGCAGUGACACAGUGACUUGUUCUUUGGAAUCAAUGACAAGCUUUAGAUUCUCACAGUGAGGCACUUGACCUUUUCCAUGUGGCUGAUUUGUAGAUGUCAUACAUUUUCUUUUUUAGUUUUCUGAACACAGACACUGCUCGUGGUCUCUUCCAGGUUCCACGUUAUUUUGUAUAUAUGGGCAUUUGUGAAACAGUGGUCUGGGCAAAGACCUGUCUUUCAUGGACUUUUCUUCAAGCAAUCUCUUUAUGAAACUUAGUCCUUAAUUCUCAGUUUGUCCUAUCUAAAUCAUUCUAGUUCAGGGCUACUCUGUGAACUGAAAGGACACAAGAUGCAUUUUGUUUGAGCCUCUAAAAAUACUCCACAGAUUUCUUGGAGGUAUAUUGCCCUGCUGGAACUUCUAAGCUGUUCCCACCCAGGAUAAGGAUGGGAAGGUGCCUCGUGAAGUGAUACGCUACUGCUCUCUAAAUGUUUGUAAUUCUACCCUCAGUGUAUAUGUGUGAGGCUGGGGAGAGCAAGGUGACCAGCAAUGUCUUGUCCAUACGAAUGGGGCCUUCAGUAUCUUAGCUUUUGGAUUAAAGUACAACAUAUUGGUCACAUCUCUCCUGUGUUAUUAGUAAAAACAAGAUCUGCUUGUACUUUUAAUAAA